ACCGUGCCCGUUCGGGUCUGCGACGGUUGGCUGCUUGCUGGUCCGCCGCUCCAUUCAGUGCGAGCGAUGAAAGUUGUUCGUCCCGUGUCGCCCUGCAAAGAUGAGUCGAGUCGAGUCCGUAUCCGUAUUGUACUCAUUUGCCACGUCCGAUGCUCGCUGGUCCACCGCUCCAUUAGUGCCUUGCACCCGGUGGUUGCAACUUCGCCCAUGCUGAGGAACGCCGGUGCAGAUAGUUGCGGUUCCACCAUCCUAAGACUAUUUCGCCGCUGGUGGCCGCCGUGAACGAGAAUCGAACGAGGGACAAACCAAAUCAAGACGAUAUCAAGAUAGUGCAGCUCGAGACCCAACAAACCAAUCAAUUGGUGAACCUGAGAGCAACACGACGAGACAAGAGACGGCGAGACGCGAUCGACUCCGCCAAACAGAAGAGCCAACGUUGUGAGAAGAAUGCAUGUGAACUGACCGUUUGUGAAUUCACCAUGCGCUGACAGAAGAUUGAAUUCAAGCAGCAGAAAGACCGCAGCCGACGGCUCCGCGAAUGACCAAUCAUUCAUGCACGACAAAAGGAGGAAAAGCAGGAAGGUUAGAAGACUUGUUGCAAUAACAGAAGAACAAUUGAAAGAAUGUUGGGUGCCAUUUUCCAGCGAAUUGAGGGUGGGAACAAGCCGGCAAGUCAAUUCCACAGGGCCCCCGAAGGAGCAGCUCCAAGGAGCAGCUCCAAGGAGCACUGGAAAAUGGCACCAUUGGUUCCAGGUGUGGUCGACUGGAAGGAUCCCUUUCAGUUGACCCCAACUGGAAUCACGCACAUAGCAGAUGUGAUACAUGCGACUCUCAUGCCGGGAUCAUAUAUUAUUGUUAUGAGACAAAGUGGAUCCGACGUGGACGUACAGCCAAUUCUGAAACCACCUCGUGACAUCCUCAAGUAUACAUAGAAAAUUGGCAAGUGUUGUUCUCGGGCGCUCACAAUAGUCAUUCAAACCAGGGAGACGAGACACGGACUGAGACCCACAUCUCGUCACGAGGCGACGAAGAUACAGACUGCAGGUGGUUUGAUCGUACUUCAUGGAUUACGCUAAAGGAUUUUUAAAGGUUGUAGACAAAGUCAACGUAUAACAGGAAAUUUAUGGGAACACGACUAUGCAUCUAGACACCAUGGCUGAC